GAUCCUGUCGGGUCCUGGAUAAAGUGCGUCUCCAUCCCCGGCCAGAAACCAUGUAUGACUCGACCUCGUCGCCCUUGCUUUAAAACUAUACACCGUCUCUCGGGGUGCUUCUACUUGAGCUGCCAAAUAUGACGGAUCACCAGCAUGCAAUGUCAAUUGAAGAGCAGGCCGACAUUCUGGAACGAGUGACGAGCCUGGCGACCACUUUCAGCACUUGCGUCGAGGCGUUUGGCCUAGUUCAUCCGGUGAGACAGAGCGACCGGCCACAGAAGCUCGCAAUCACGAGAUUAGGCAUCGAGCAAAGUCGGCUGCUCAUUUUCGGUGAUGCUGUAGGCAUAUCAUCGCCGCCGCGCUCCAUAGCGACGCAUAUGAUACCGUCGAGACCUGGCGCUUUAAACCCCGAUCCAAACGAACCAGUCAAUUUUGGGGAACGAGACGCUCGUCUUGAUGACCCCGAGAUACGGCAACAAGUCGAGAACACACUCAAUGAAAUCCUCGAGCGUCCGGUGUCGUUGUCGCGAGAAGAUAUGAUGCAACAGUAUGGGAUGACCUCACCGAAGAAACCUGUGCCGUUUGAACCCCCACUCGACACCACCCGAAUCGAAGCGUUCCGCGAGAAGUUUGGACUGCUGCAUGAUCUUGUUGGGCAAUACAUCGUUGCGAGACGAGGCCAAUCCAUGACCACCCAACACUGGUAUGUUAACGACGUAGCGAAAUUCGAAUCCUUUGUUCAAAUGGUACGGUCACAAGUCAACAAGCUUAUCGCUUUAUUUAACGUCGAAGAGUGUGUCGAUCGUGGCAUGAGCAUCGACAUCAAGGCACUAGGCUGGCACCCCGACAUCAGCGGUCCGGUUGUGCGGCGAGAUUGGGAGAAGCUCCGGCUCAUCGCCGAAGCCUGUAAGGAUGACUAUCCACAGUACGUCAAAGCAACCGCCACGGCGCUUGAGUAUCUCAAUCGGACAUGGCGAGAGGCCAAUCAGGUCACACCAACGUUACCCCGGAAGAGUCCCACCAUCACCAUCACCAAAGAACCGCCGAACGGUACCGAGAAGAAAAAGCCUGGUCGUCCAGGCUGGCUCAAAUCUCUCCUCGGCAAAAAGAACAAAUCCGAAAGAGCGACGACCACGCUAUCAUCAUCCAACGACUCCGAACAUGGGCGCUCCAAAUCAGUCGACAUCUCGCCGUCUGAACCCUUCACUCUGCUCGAACGUACACGCUCAAAAUCUCUCUCCGCAACAUCGACGGACAAGCCCCUCCCCAACCCGCACACAGUGGAACAUACAUACCUAUCAUCCGACGCCUCUACCAGCGAAAUCGCAAACCCGGGCGCAGCGUCAAUCGCAGCCCUGUCAACGCAGGAGACCUCUUCACCACUCUCUACUCAAGAGCAACAACAACAACAACAACAACUCCCUUCCCCACCAUCGCCCAAACCAAUCCACACACCCACAAACACAUUCACCAAAAUCGAUUCCCCACAAGCCUCCACCUCGCCAGACGGCGUCUUCCCAGCUCUGCUAGCCAAAGUCGACACGUACAACAGUAUGAUUGAGCGGCACGACCAGUACGCAGGCAUAGGACGUGUCGAGACCAAGGAUCAGCGGCACAUUGCGCACGGCUGGCACAACUGACUUGAAAGUCUGUGUGUUUGUCUGUCUAUCUAUCUAUCCUAUCUAAUCUAGGGAGGAUUUGGGGGAUGUGAAGUGUUCUACUACCCGAUGGUGAUUGAUCGAUUGAUUGAUAGAUUGAUCAACACAGCGUUUCUAGUGUAAGACUUUUCAAAUGUAUAUCAGCAAAGUACCAAAACACAACGAAGAAAGAACGAGGCGCAAAGGCGCCGUGGGAGCGAGAGAGAAAGAAGUCGGCCUGUAUUUUCCAUACAUACCCUUGUCGUUUAAUCCAUUCAUCCACCCAUCCACCCAUCCACCCAUCCACCCAUCCACCCAUCCAGCUCAGACGGACAGACGGCGAUGUUAGAAGAGAGCAAGGAUUAGUGUAUUUCUUCUAUUAAUAUAUAUCCAAAGUUCCUACCC